AUUUUCAAUACACAAAUAAUUUUUCACAGUUGUACUGCUACUUUUACUUACGCAAAUGAACGUCCUCCACGACUGACCAUUUGCUAAAAUACAAAUAAGGGGCGGUUCCCUGUCAUCGGGGCGGACUGCUUUUACACAGGGAAAAAAACAACCCCGCUCUAGUCAGCAAACAUGUAUGAGUGGCUGUAAUGCAAAGAGGGAUACAAGUCGCACCAAUACAGUCCGUAGGAAACAAGGGAGUUUACCGCUGAGGUGUCGCAUGGAUGAUGAGGAGGAGGACAUGUCACGGCCUAUCUCGCAGCUCUGGGGAACACCCUUUAGGGACGUCAAAUACGAAGACCGCGCCACACAGAUCUCGGCUGGACAGGCCCUCGCUGCUGUCACUGCUGCCGUGCCCACGUCGUAUAGCCACAACAACAACAGCAUUGGCAUUAACACGCUGCCCUGCAGCUUACACCUGCAGCCUCGCAUACCCUUUCACGGUAAGGAGGGGGUGAGAUCAUGCAACGCUGGAUUACGCUCACAUUUCCCCGCUCAGUUUGAGCCCAUGGAGGACCGGGGAGGAGAGAGGCAGAUUGAAGAGGUGGAGGAAGAGGGCAGAGGGGAGGAAGAUGACAGGAUGGCAGAGAGACCCGAGGAGCAGGCAGGGGUGAGCGUCGAGGCGCAAAUUGGUCGUAAACUUCGGGAGAUCGGAGACAAGUUCCACCAGGAUCACGUUGAACUGAUCAUGAGGGAUCAGAGACGAAACCUGCCGGCCUGGAUGCGCCUUACGAUGGCCCUGUUUGGCUUUUUGUUUCCAAGAGAGGCUCUCUUCCCCCGCCUGGGAGGAGAGCAGAGAUGAAGGGGCUUCUUGCUGGCCCUCGCCUCAGCCCUUGUCCCUCCCCCCCACACCACCCCUCCCCCGACAGGGACAAGGGACCAGACUUUUAAAGAAAUGGCACUGUAAGAUGGAACACGGGUUUGGAUUUUGUUUUCUUAUUGAAUACGAAGAUGAGAUGAAGAAAAACACUGGUCACCGCUGGACGGAGACUGAUUACAAUUUUUCUUUUCUUUUUUCCUUUUCCUUUUUUGUUUUUCACCUCUCCAAGAAGAAGCCAUUGCGUUUGAAGAGAUAUUUUCGAAAUAUUUGUAAGAUUACCUAUUUUGUACAGUAAACUGUUCUUUUUAUUUGGUAUUUCAAAUCUUGAACGGACCUCCAUCAGUCCAGGGAAUGCCUUAUUCUCUCCUGCCACAGUACAACUCUUUUGCAUUUUCAAAGAAAUCAUGAAUCAUGAAAUCAUGAAUAAAGAUUCAUUUUUAAGAUUAGGCCACUUUUUUUUUGGCGAGGAAAAACUGUGGCCGUGGACAUUUCUGUGCUGAAAGUUACUGACUUAAAAACCUUGAGGACUCGAGGCAUAUUUCUAAUUUAUUCUCAGAAAAACAAUAAGCCCUGUACUUAUCCUUUACUGUUCCACACUGGCUAAUUUCAAAAUGGUUUUCACGACAUUGUGUACACUCUGGUGUCGGUCAGUUUUGGUGCGUGUUUUGCCAGCUUCCACCAUAGACGUUAUAUCAACCUGUCUCGUCCAUGAGCCGCUCCAUCUCCAGCACCACUCAUUAUGUUGGAAGUGGCCUAGCACUGUGCAGAUUCAGAUCCUGUUGAUUUAAAGGAUAAACACACGUAUACUUGAAUGUAGGUGUACUGAAGGUAUUUUAGGCGAGGAACUUUUAAUACCUGACAUGAUCGUGAUUACUCUUUGAAUUUGUGAUCAUGUGUACGUAGGAGUGUGUGCUUACUGUUUCCAAAAUCUGCAGUCAUUUUGAAACCAAAUAAGCACAAACAAAUCUCAUUUGUGGGAUCACGAUCAGGGAAUUGGAAAAACAAUCACACAGCUGAAAAGAUUUGGAGAAAUGUCAUCAUUUUCGAAGGCUUUUCAGUUUUCUUUCUCUGGCUGAAUUGACAAUCGCAAUUUUGCCCUCUGCUGCAUUGUGUGGGUCGCCUGUGGGAGAGAUGGCAUUAAUCAGCAUUUUUUUUUUUAGGGGCGAGCAAUAUUCAAGCCAGUGGAAGGAAGUCAAAUCUUAGGGAUCUGUUGCAUUUGCGAUCUAACUGACGUUUCCCAAAACAUGGCUGUGUUCUCAAUGAAAUACACCUCCUUACAAUUAUCUUUGUUACAGAAACAUUUUGGGUUAAAGUUACAGAGAUGCAUUUUUAUUUUAUUUCACUCCAGGUGAAAAUGUCUCGAGCACUGAUUCAAUCCCGAUGUGCUGAUACACGUAUGUAUCAACCUUUCAUUCAAGUGCUUUUCUUUCACCAAACUGCCAGUGGCAUAUUCAGCUCCACCGAGAACUUAGUAAGAACAGCGUCUGUACAGUUCAGAAAACAUUUUUACUCACACACACACACACACACACACACACACACACACACACACACACACACACACACACACACACACACACACACACACACACACAGACACAUUUGGGGAUAGGAGAAGGUUUAUACAUUCUUUCCAAAUGCCACAUUAGCAUUUUGCAACAACACAGCCACUGUUUCUCAAUGUAAGGUUUAUCAAGGAAAAAGUCUUUAAGGACUUUUAAUAAGAUGUUUAAAAAUUCCUCAUUUGAUGUAUAAUUUCAGUCUGUUGUAGAUUCAUGAUAUGAACUUUUGAAGACACUGAUGGGUUUUUUUCCUCCUUUAUGUUUUCUUCAGGGAGUAGUUAAGAACCGUGUUAAUUACCUGAUGCUUACCAUGAGUUGCAAAUAAUCUGCCUUUGAGUGAGGACGCUGCACAAUCAAAGAUAUUUCAUUCGACUUUUUAUGUUUUCCAAAGCACAUUCACUCAACAUCAACAUUUUGUUUUUGUAACGACACGAGUAGCUGAACCAAAAGUUUGUUUCCUGCAAACGAUGAACGCUGAGCCAAUUCAUGUCGCGCGUCAUGUUUAACUACUCCCUGUCCUUAACGAGAACAAGUUUCAUUAGUUGGCUUUCUUUUCCGAUAAUUUAUUCUAAUUUAUUUUGUGUAUAUUUGCUCAGUGCUACUGUAUAGAUGCUAUCUCAGUGUGUACAGUCCUUUUCUUCUCAUUGUUGAUGCGCAUUCAGUUGUGUGUUUGGUGCCUGUGUGUGGGGACGUUGGACUAAAAGCCAUGUGCCUCGUGCGUUCUCACACGAACGGUGUGAAUCACGUGAACAGCAGACAAUCAAAUGUACAAAAUGUGCCUUGUGAGUAACAGACCUGCCAUAUCAUCAUCAACGCUUGGCAUAAUUACCCAAAGUCACUGAUCACAGCUCUCCUUUUACUUGGACUCUGUGCGAACAACAUGCUCUGAUACAAUAGAGUCGGCACAAACAGUACGGCGUGUUCGUUGUGCCUUGAUACAAAUGAAAGAAAUCUGUUUCACGAGGCACAGGCUCAACCUUUGACAUCUCUCAGCACAAACGGCGAGUUUCACCACGCUUCUUAAUAUCAGAAACGACUGUUUGCAAUCAAUGUGCACUGUAAAAAACAAUUUUUUUUACCUGUAUGCUGUAUUUCGCACCUCUCUCUUUCUACUCCUGUGCUGAACUUCCCCUCUAAAAACUCUUUAAGAUCUGUAAUAUGCUGGACCGGCCUAGCUCGUCUGGGGUUCUUGUGCUUUAUUAUCUACACUCUAGUAGGGCUGUGGGUUUACAUUUGAAGGAGGAAUGAGCCACCAUGGUGCCCAGUAUUAUGUGUAUAUGAGAUGGGUUGAACAGCCACUCAGUCGGUGUGAGCCUGUCGUCACCAACCACUGUUGCAACCCUGACUCAAGUGAAACAUUUUGUUAUUCGUUCAACCUUCAGUGUCUUUAAUAUCAAAUUUCUUCGAUCAAUUUUUUUAAUAUCCAAGAAAGAGUGCAUCUUUACUGUCAAGUGCUGUGAUUUGGUGGUUUUUUUUAUACAUUUAACAUGAAUUUGACACAGCUAUUGUUGCUAUCUUUAUAAAAACAUUUUAAGCAAAAAAUGUCCAUACCUUUUUGUAAGAAGACGAAGAAAGAACUACAACAACACGACUUUUUGCUUUUCUAGGAUUGCUUUUUUUUCAAUGUUGUGGCAUUAAAAAAUUUGGAGAUAUUGCCAAGUCUGCUGUGUCACUCUCAGUUCAAGGGCUUUUUCGAUAUAUGUAAAUGGAGUAAAAAUGCAUGUCCAACAUUCCUGAAAAAAUCUGUAUCUUAAGGGUUUGAAUGUAAUUUAAUGGAGUGAAAACCACGAUAUCUCUUUUAAUACAUGAACUGAACAGUGGAACUUACUUCAGACUCCCGUGCUUUGCGUGCGGAGAGUUUGUAUUGUCUUCACAUUUCUUUCUUUACGUUCAGAGUGGUCUCAAGGAUUUCACAUUCAUGUGUCCUAAUGAAGUGAGACCCAGUCCAAAUGUAGCAGUUUUUGUUAAAGCAUUGUUUGUGUUAUCUUUGGGACUGCUCUGUGUCGACUGCACAGUUUUCAAACAGCGCAGGACAUGAAGCGAUGGAGGGAACGGAGGAGGACGGGGGAUGUUUGUUCUUUUUCUAGUGCAAUAUGCUGUACAUAAGAGCUUGGCUCUCGAAAUCUUACAAUUUCUCUUAAUUUCUUCUGAUGUUAAAUUGGUACAUUGCUGUUUUUUUUUCAUUAAAACUUUAUUGACAA